CAGGAAGUUGUUCAUUUUGCGGUCACCUGACUUUCACGGCUCUUGUUUCCGGAUACAGCAAACAGAGAGGCGGCAGAAAAGAAAGAAAAAGCUCAACAUGUCUCCAGUAUCUGGACUCCCGGACGCAGCGGUGACGACGGGGCUGGUUUUCCUCUCCCUGAUCCCCGCAGCGGAGGCUUACGACGCGGGCGACGCACUGGCGCUGCUGCUCGGCGUCUUGCUGGCUGUGGUCGGUCUGUGCGCGGGCCUCGGCUGGUACGCGCGGAGGAGGAACGGCCAGCUGUGACCGGAUGAUCCCCUGUCCCGUAGUCUACACACACGCAUCCAGCGGGAUCUUUGUGAUCUUAAACCAGAAAUGUGCCUUUUUACUGUUGGAGGGAACAUCAGCAUGUCACGUGGACACUUUUCCGGAGUUCGGCGAGACCAAACAGGAAGUGGACAAAACCGAACACUGUUACCUUCUGUGCUUAAAGACUGCUGCAGUUUUUCCUUUUGUCACGCUGACUUUGCAUAUUUUUUACGCACGGGUGUGUUUGAAGCGCGGUGUCAUAUGAUUGCUGAAAGUUUGUCAACAAUAAAUUGAUUUCUUAUGGGUUGCAAGAU